AUGGGCUUAGGUAACUGGGUCCACGAAACCAACGUGCGGGUUGCCCGCAGUCCCGUGGGGAAAUGGUUUCGUCUGGAGGGCUCCGGCCAUGUAAGUGAUGCUGCCUUCUAUGCGACGUGUGAUCGCUUUGUCAAUACCUUUGCAAUGUGCGAGGCUAAACCAUGUCUUAAGUCUCUCGAGCGGAAGGGUAGCUACUUUUUCACUGAAAUUCGCGCCGGUCUCGCCACCUUCUUUGCCAUGGCAUACAUCAUCUCCGUCAACAGUAACAUCACUUCUGUGACCGGUGGAACCUGCGUCUGCCCCGCGGAAGACAUGGGAGAUUUCUGUGCAAACAAUAUCGAGUAUGCCCUGUGUACGCAAGAAAUCAAGCGUGACAUCGUCACCGCCACUGCCGCCAUCGCCGCCCUCUCAACAUUUUGCAUGGGUCUCUUUGCGAACCUUCCUAUCGCGCUCGCCCCUGGAAUGGGAUUAAACGCUUACUUUGCCUACACUGUUGUUGGAGUCCGUGGUAGUGGCAUGGUUUCGUAUUCGACUGCCCUCACGGCUGUCUUUGUAGAAGGAUGGGUAUUCCUGGGCUUGACAUUGAUCGGUAUGCGACAGUGGCUGGCGCGUGCGCUGCCAAAGUCUAUCAAACUCGCAACGGGUGUCGGCAUUGGUCUCUACCUUGCAUUGAUCGGUUUGACAUACAGUGCCGGCAUUGGACUAGUCCAGGGUGGCUCUGACACUCCCAUUGAGCUGGCUGGAUGUGUGGCUAGCCAGUUCGACUCUGAAACGGGCAUGUGUCCGAGCAGUGAGAAGAUGCGCAGUCCAACCAUGUGGAUUGGUAUCUUCUGCGGCGGCAUUCUUACGGCUUUGCUAAUGAUGUACCGUAUCAAGGGUGCGAUCAUCAUCGGCAUUUUGUUGGUUUCUAUCAUCUCGUGGCCUCGUACUACCUCCGUCACAUUCUUCCCCUAUACCGAGCUCGGUACUAGCCAAUUUGAUUUCUUCAAGAAGGUGGUCACUUUCCAUCCUAUCCGGCAUACCUUGACUGCUCAGGAUUGGGGCCUGGCUGGCAAGGGCGGCCAGUUUGGACUGGCUUUCAUCACAUUUUUGUAUGUCGACAUUCUGGAUACAACAGGUACGAUGUACUCCAUGGCCCGAUUUGCCGGCGCAAUCAACGAGGAGACCCAGGAUUUCGAGGGCAGCGCCGUCGCUUACAUGGUUGACGCGAUUUCAAUCUCGAUCGGAUCCCUCCUCGGCAGUCCCCCAGUCACAGCAUUCGUCGAGUCCGGAGCCGGCAUCUCCGAAGGCGGCAAAACCGGUCUCACAUCAUGCGUCACUGGCAUUGCAUUCUUUAUCGCUGUAUUCUUCGCCCCGAUCUUUGCUUCAAUCCCACCCUGGGCUACGGGUUGUACACUUGUGAUUGUCGGUACGAUGAUGGCCAAGUCUGCCGCCGAUAUCAACUGGCGGUACUACGGCGAUGCGAUCCCCGCAUUCCUUACCAUCGCCAUCAUGCCAUUCACAUACAGUAUCGCUUACGGUCUGAUCGCUGGUAUCACUAGCUAUAUCACCCUCAAUGGCUUUGCCUGGUGUCUUGAGAAGAUCAGCCGUGGUCACAUCGUCCCACCGAACAAGGAUGAGUCUGAUCCUUGGUCUUGGAAGGUCAAGGGCGGUUUACUCCCACCCUGGGUUAAGCGUGCCGCCCGCGGGAAGAAGGACUUCUGGAAAGCUGAUGAGGAGUAUGCGGAGCCGCGAACUGCCACUGUUGAAGCUGUGUCUUCGUCGUCCUCGUCGGUGGACCGGGUGCCUCUUGAGAAAGGUCAUGUGCCUACUGCUGCAGCAAUGAAUUAG